AUGAUUCUACUAGCCAAACUACUAUGGCUAUAUGGGAGUAUUCAUCUGAGCACUCAAUUUUUUCUUGAAUCUCCCUCAAAUUUAUCAACAAUCCCUGGUGAAAGUAUAACAUUUCGAUGUGCCGCUGAGAAAAGUCCGGAACCAAUAGUCUACAGUCAAUGGAAGUCGAAUACCGGGUCAUUGCUGGGAUACCAUCAAGAAGGAGUGUUACCAGGACAUCAAGGAAGAUUCAGUUAUGUCAAACAAAAUGCGGAAGAACUGCACCUCAAGAUCACUCAUGUCAAUCUUGAUGAUGAUGGAGAGUAUGAGUGUCAGAUGUUACACCCAGAAGAGGGUCCUAUCCGCGCAAAGGCAUUUUUAAACAUUCUUGUUCCACCUCAACUUGUCUAUUUCUCCAACUACCAACCGAACUCCGUCAUUGCUGUCAAAGAGAACACCGCACUGAACAUCACAUGUGUUGUACCAAAUGUUAAACCGGAGCCUCAAGUCUUAUGGUAUAUGGACGGGAAGGUGAUGAGCAGAGAUGUCAAGCAAGCAUCAAUGCCGCAUCUCAAUAAAACAUUCACCGUUUACACUAGUCUGGUGAUUCAGCCAGGGAGAAAUGACCAUGGGAAGGUGGUGACUUGUGAAGUGGUACAGAAAGAGACAGACACGAGAAUUACCACUAAUACCACAUUGGAUGUAUUAUUUCCUCCAUCCGAACCAACUGUGGAAAUCAUCGGAAAUCCGAGUGUCUUAAGAGCGGGAGAUAAUGUGACCAUUGCAUGCGCGGUGACAGGCGGUAAUCCGCCGCCAGAUGUUUUUUGGUACCAUGAGAACAAAAGGUUGCAAUCGCACUCCACUCUGGACACGCGGACUAAGGAGAUAAAGAAUGUCUAUUCAUUCAUUGCAACCCAAAACGAUAACAUGGCUGAGUAUGAGUGUCGAGCCAAUAACAGCCAUUCAGGGAACGCUAAGAGGAAACCAUUGAAAUUGGAAGUGAAUUACCCACCUGCAAGUGUAGAGUUGUUUGGAGAGAGUAAUAUUCGAUAUGGAAGCAGUGCCAACAUUCAAUGCAAAUCUUUACCGUCCAACCCAGCUUCUCAAAUCACUUGGAUCAUCAACGGUCGAUCAGUGCCAACACCUACGCAACGGGAGUUUGUAGUGGAAAAUGGCAUUGUUUCCAGCUCAAAUAUCUCGGUUCACUCCAACGAGUUGUCUGUGGAAGCACAUCAAAUCAAUGUGGAGUGCAUUGCAACUAACCCGGAUGGGUCAUCUGCUAAGCAACAUCUGAUAAAAAUAAUUGCACCUCCAAAAGCACCAAGGAUAACAGGACUGGAAGAUAGGAAGUUCUUCGAGGGUGAUGUUGUUAAUGUGACGUGUGAAGCUCAAGGCGGUAACCCGCUGGCUGAACUUUCAUGGUACCGUGGGAGUGAGAAGGUAAACGGAGCACAUAACGAGGUGGCUGGAUUCUCCUCUUACUCCACAUUGGCUCUCCGUGUUGAUAGAACGAUGAACACCCAGCGUCUGAAAUGUGAAGCAACAAAUGCUGCGUUAGAUGAGCCUCUGAUCGAGUCUCAGUACCUAUCGGUUUAUUAUCCUCCACGACGGGUACUCAUUAGACCUGCCGAGAGUAGUGACCAACGUCUUCUAGUUAACAAACCUGCUCGACUGGUCUGUGGGACACUGUCUUCCAACCCAGCCGCUCAGAUUACAUGGCAGUUUUCUCGUGCCGUGGAUGAUGAUAACAAAGUACAUUUAGGAGAUGUCAGUUUGAAUGAAACAACCAGAGAUAACGGCUUCAACGUAGAAAAUGUGUUGUCAUUUGUUCCAACUGAGGACUACGAUGGAACAAUUGUUCAUUGCAUUGCAAACCACCCGGAAUGGAAACACUCAGUGAAUACAUCCUUCCCACUAAAUGUUAUGUUUCCACCAAAAAUGCUUGUCAACGACCCAGUCACUGUGGUUAUGGCAGAAGGAGAUUCAUUCAAAGAAAACCUGACUGUCCGUGGUAACCCAGCUGUCUCGUUGUGGCAGUGGAGAAAAAAUGGAAUACCAUUUGAUCACACAAUCGGACGAGUUUUUGCGAGAGGAGCUGUGCUUUCUGGAAAGCAACUGUUGAGUACAGAUGCUGGAGUAUACACCUUGACUGCAACUAACAAUGUGGGAAGCACAAAUAUCACUAUCAAGCUGGCAGUGGAAUACAGUGCGAGGAUAACUAGCAUUUCCACACCGGUCAUUGCCGCUACCGGUGAUACGGUACUUUUGGAAUGUGAAGCUGAUGGAGAACCGAGCAGGCCGAAUAUGAUAAAUUGGUAUAAGAAUGGAAAUAUUUUACCGGCGAUUAACAGAGGAAGCAAAAAAUCCAUUCUCCGCCUUAACGCCACCGAACAACAAUCUGGAGAGUACACCUGCAAAGCGGAUAACGGAAUUGGUGUUCCUGCGGAAGGGAAAACAUUCCUCUUGGUAAACUCUGCGCCACGGGUGCUUCCUGUUGCAAGAUAUGCCAAAACCGCUGGCAUUCUCGGAGGAAUUGCAAAGGCUAGAUGCAAAGUUUACGCAGUUCCGGUUGUGGAGUUCGUUUGGGAGAAAGAUGAACAAUUGAUCAAGAAGAAUAGUUCAAAGUACUCAAUUGUUAAUACACAGAUCGAUUAUUCCACUUAUGAGAGCACUCUUUGGAUCAAAAACAUUGUUCCGGAUGAUUAUACCAAAACAGUGAAGUGUAUUGCUAGAAAUAGUUUUGGAACCGAUUCCUUAUCUAUCCCAAUUAUUCCACCAACCAGCCCCGAGGAACCAUUCAACCUAACAAUGACAAAUUCCACAUUGAAUACUAUUUCCGUUGCAUGGGAACCAAGAUUUGACGGUGGAUCCGACCAGAUUUUCGAAAUCAAGUAUAAAAAACAAAAUGAUGAUCUUAUUCAUCUUGUCAAUACUACUCAUACGAACCUACGACUUUCCGGCUUGGCAACUGCCAAUACCUACUACUUCCAAAUCCGGUCUAUCAACGCAAGAGGUUUCGCGUCUAGUUGGACGUCACCUGUCAUUUUCGCUACUUUGAAUGAAGAUGGAGUGAAUAUCGCAAUGGUUCAAAACAGAGAACUCAAAAUAACACGUUACAUUCCAAUUCUGCUCAUUGGUUUUGUCUCGAUUCUCUUGGCGCUGGCUAUUGCCUGCUGUUUUGGUUGCAAUAGAAACAAGAAAAGGAAAUUGAGAGAAAAAACUGAAAUGGCGAGAACAGCAAUUAACGGCGGCGACGUGCGGCAAGUUCAAAUGUACGGAACGAUGCAUCACGAUGGAAUGACCAGACACGACAUUGACGAUAGACCGGAUAUGAGUGAAGACGAACAUUCAGUGAGGACAAUGAUUGAAGUCUCACCAAAUGGAUAUAUGCAACCAAUCGAACCGAUGUUGUAUGAGAGUACUGGUUUACUGGAGUAUGAUUAUCAGACAAGAAGUUACAUGGGGAGCUCUCAAGGUUCCCACCCUAGGAAUAUAACAUAUGCCAAUGUUCCUUAUCCGGAACCACCUCAACCCAGCUACCACUCCAACUGGAACUCACUACAGCGACAAUCCAAUAAUAACGCUAGUCCUCAACACCAUCUCUCAACUUUCAUCAACCCUAAUAUGGGAGUGCGAGCGGGUCCAAUCAAUUACGCACAACUCGACGGCGAUCUUGUUUAG